AACAAAUAAAUAGAAUUGAACUGACGUAUACCUCGAUAAUAACUAUAAUGUGUGCACUCAAUUGACAGUUAUUAUAGGCUCAAUUAGGGGAAGUGAAGCUAGUUCGUCAAAUCGGUUAGCUAACUGUAGCUAACGCAAACGUACUGUAGCUACUGGCGUGAAAGCUACUUGAUUCAUUUUGAGACUGUGCUCCAGUGAUAAAGUAAAUCCAGGGCCCGUUCUGAAAUAUAUGUGUUGAUUGCAUCAUUUCACAAUGGAGGCGGAACAGCCAAAGGAAGACUGUGCUCCGACCCAGUCAACAUCUGCACCCCCCUCUGAGUCGAAGAAGCCGAGCCAGGCUCUGUACGACCCCAGGCAGCGACUCCCUGCCGCCAAAGACAAAGCUCAGACUCAGGGAGAAGUGAAGCCGAGACCCAGGCCUCGCUACACAGACAAAGCACGGAAGAACGCCAAGAACAAGAAGGACAAGGCCGGAGGGGACGACAAGUCGGCACCUGUCGUAGGAGACGAUGAAGGUCCCACACAGAACAGCGACACAAAGCCUGGUGUGACGGAAGAGCGGCUACAGGAUACGGACGUGCAGCCCGAGGCGACCGGUGUGGAGGAUGAUGCUUCCUCAUGGCUGGACGCAACAUCCCCUCCGGAGGGAAACGGGGAAGAGGAGAGCUGGGACACGCUGUUCAACGAUGAUGGAGAUUGUUUGGAGCCACACCUGCUUGAGGAGCUGGCUUUGACCGAAGGCAGAAAGAAGAAGUCACUGCAGGAGCCCAGGUUUGAUUACUACAACAUGGACCAAGAUGAUGAAGACGACGACGACAUCGACCUCAGAGAGGACGAACUCUCUCACAUCGUAGAGAUCUACGACUUUCCUGCAGAAUUUAAGACAGAGGACCUUCUCAAGUUAUUUCAGUGCUACCAACAGAGAGGCUUUGACAUUAAGUGGAUUGAUGACAAACAGGCCCUGGGCCUCUUCUCGAGCCCCAUAGCAGCCCGUGAAGCUUUAAGGACUAAACAUCCUCUGAUGAAGUUGCGACCACUUUCCAAAUCCUCCUCCGCCACAAAAGCCAAAGUCCGUAGCUGCUCAGACUACCUCCUGCCUGCCAAAGAGAGACCUCAGACAAGUGCAGCACUGGCUCGUAGGCUUGUGAUCGGUGCCCUCGGCGUAAAAAGCAACGUGACCAAGGAGCAGCGCGAGGCAGAGAGGAGGAAACUCCAAGAAGCAAAGGAACAAAAGCGCCUGGCAACUAAACAGAGGGACGACGCUUGGGAGGGAAACUGACCAGAGAGAAAACUACAACCCCCCCGUUGUAUGUUUCUUUUCCCUUUAUUCAACAGAGGCACAACUUCAGUUUCUUCUUCUGCUCUGUUUUUCCCAAAUGGCCACUCCUUCCCACCACCGCACUCCCCAGAAAUGGAUUCCCAUCAAUUUCCCCCUCUUCCUGCCACUGUCCAUUAGCCUGCAGUGUUUCCUCCGACGAGGUUGUCCCACUACUGCUCCCUCUCUUUUAUCUGAUUUUGUUCAGCGACUCUUCUCUAACCUGGACUUGCUUUCAUAUCUGUAACACUGUAACUACGGUCCGUGCUGAAGCACUGCGACUAGUCCAUUUGUAAAUCAUCGAAAGGAUAAUUGUCUGUAAAGAUCUAGAGCCUCAUGUUCGUCAUUGAAUGGAUACGUUGUUUUUUUUUUAAAAGAUGAACAAAGUAAAUCAACCCACAAGGAAGCAGGGUUUCCUGUUAAAGAUCCUGUAGAGUUUAGGUUCAGUCAUGAUGAUACAGUACAUCCUUGUAUAUGAAGACAUUGUUGAGUGUCAUUUUUCAAAUGUAGCAUUGUUCUCACUUAAGUGAUGGGUUUUUAUUAAACCUUCAUCGUACAUUUAAACCUUCAAGUCAGGUCAGUUUGCAGCAUUUGAACAGUGUUGUGUGUUAUUCUGUGCACAUUUUCAAUGAGAGGAUUCCUUUGUCCAAACACAUUUAAUGAUGAUGUGGAUUUUCACUCAUUAUGAAGAGGGCAUAUGUCAACAGAGACUGCUUGUCCUUAUGAGAGAGACUUGUCAUCGUCUUUUAAACCAGGUUGUAAUAAGAAAGCAUGAAGAAUCAGGUGAACUUUGAGACCAUGUAGGAGUUUUUAAUAAAUGUAUUACUAUAGCAUCCCAUUGUUGUUUCCCCCACUUUUUCAUAUUAAAAGCAGCAACACUAAUCGAAUAUGUGAUAUGUGGUUCUGAUGAAUUAGUGGGAGUCCCAGGUAACCGUUCGUAUCAAAUUAUAUCCUCAGACAUUAAGUAGCUUUUACUUUUUUUAAAAACACAGUGUAGUUACAACAUUUGAAAACUAAAUCCUGAAAAGUUAGUAGUACAGUGAUUCAUAACCGUGCUACGCACUCACAGAUGGGUCUGUAAACUUGAAUGGCAUUGAUUGAGCAGAUAUUGUUAACUAAAUUGCUGAUGAAAAUUG